GGCAACGAUUGCCCGUGUCUUAGUUUCUGUCUCCUCCUAACACACAAACUCUUCUGCUCCUUUUACCACUCCCACCUCUAUAUAUUAAUGUCUAAAGUUGAUCUGUUCGAUUUUUCUCUUCUGUAGAUGUCUUGAAGAGAUUUUGACUCAGUGUUAAGGAAAAGAUUUAUGUUGUGGUAAAAAAUUUGGGGAAAAUGGUUAAUGCCAUGAAUCCAGUGGACAAUUUCAUGAAUGAAACUGAGAAAUUAUUGGACCCCCAGUUAUGGCAUGCCUGUGCAGGUGGGAUAGUUGAAAUGCCAGAGGUGAACUCUAAGAUAAUUUACUUUCCCCAGGGCCAUGCUGAGCAUUUUAAGAAGAGUGUGGAUUUUGGCAUGAGUGGAAGGAUUCCACCCCUGAUUCUGUCUAGGGUUUCAGCUGUGAAAUAUUUGGCUGAUUCUGAGACUGAUGAGGUUUAUGCGAAAAUUGGUUUAGUUCCGUUGGGAGGGAGUGGGGGACAUGAUGUUUAUGAUGAUGGGGGAUUUUUGGGGGUGGUUAAGUAUAAGAGUGAAGAGAAACCGAAUUCGUUUUCUAAGACAUUGACGCAGUCUGAUGCUAAUAAUGGAGGGGGUUUCUCGGUGCCAAGGUAUUGCGCUGAGACCAUUUUUCCACUGCUGGAUUACUCGGAUGAUCCUCCGGUGCAGACCAUCUUUGUUAAGGAUGUUCAUGGUGAGACUUGGCAGUUUAGGCAUAUUUAUAGGGGGACGCCAAGGCGUCAUCUUUUGACAACUGGGUGGAGUAAUUUUGUGAACCGGAAGAAGCUCAUUGCUGGGGAUUUAGUUGUGUUUGUGAGAAAAGAAAACGGGGAUAUUCAUGUUGGGAUUCGGAGGGCUAGGAGGAGGAUUGGUAGAGGACCCGAGGCUUGUUCUAGGUGGCAGACUGGAACUGGAAGUUAUGUCGGUUCAAUGAACCGGGUCUUUUCUGGAAACUUUAGUGAAGGUGAUGAAAAGUUUGUACAAAAUGAUAGAACUGAAAUCUCCGGUGUGGGCACGGGAGGAAGGAGUGAUGUCCUAAUUGAAUCUGUGACUGAAGCCGCACUUCUUGCUGCUUCUGGCCAGCCAUUUGAGGUUCUUUACUAUCCCCUUGCAUGCACUCCAGAAUUUGUUGUUCGUGCCUCUACGGUGAGGGAUGCAAUGAGAAUCAAGUGGUGUCUGGGUAUGAGGGUUAAGAUGCCAUCUGAGACAGAAGACCCAUCUCGAAUUAGCUGGUUCAUGGGAACAGUAUCUUCUGUUGAGGCCGAAGAUCCAAUCAAAUGGCCUGAUUCUCCCUGGAACCUUCUUCAGGUGGCAUGGGAUGAGCCAGAUUUGCUUCAGAACACCAAGCGAGUUAGCCCAUGGUUGGUUGAAUUGGUGACUGAUGUGUCCCCCGUUCUUCAACCUCAUUUAUCACCUCCAAGAAAGAAGUUGCGGCUUCCCCAACCUCUAGCCCUAGUCGGGCAACUUCCAGCACCGUCACUUUUCUGCAACCCCGUAAUUCCUAGCAGCCUCUUGUCUUAUGUAUCAGACAAUAUUCCUACAGGUAUUCAGGGAGCCAGGCAUGCUCAAUGUGGAUUAUCUUCAAAAGAUCUCCACUUCAACAAAAUGAACAGUGAGCUCUUCCCAUUUGGAUUCAGAGAGGUCGGGGGCACUAUCCUACCUAAUACACUUACAGGUAAUGUAAUGGCUAGUUCAGAAAAUGAAGAGAAUGUCUCUUGCCUCUUGACCAGUCCAAGUUUGAAGAAAAAUAAUGAAGAGAAAAUUCCUGCAUUUAUGUUGUUUGGGAAACCAAUUUUCACGGAGCAGCAGAUGCCCAAUAGCUGCUCUGGAGAAACAAUCGGCAAAAGUUUAUCUAAUUCGAACCAAGAGAAGACUAAAAAUAUCUUAGAUAGUCCAGGAUCAGCAGUUCUUCAAAACGGCCCACUAGAUAACUCUUCAGAUGGAGUGUUUCCAUUCUACAAAACGCAGAAAUCUGAACCUGGAUUUGGCACUGGACAUUGCAAGGUGUUCAUCGCGUCAGAGGACGUUGAGCAGACACUUGAGUCUUCCCUUUCCUCAUUCAAUGAACUGUACAAAAAGCUGGUCAACGUGUUUGGCAUAGAAACAACAGAGAUGUUUAACAGUGCGCUUUAUCAGGAUGCUACUGGUGCCGUUAAGCACACCAGAGACGAACCAUUCAGUGAGUUCAUGAAGAGAGCUUGAAGGCUUACCGUUCUUAGGGAUUCGAGCAGCGAUAACAUAGGGAGCUAGAUAGAGAUCUGCUGAUCUUUGCCAAAUGUACAGUGAUUCGUAGUUGCAACUUCUUUCCAUAUCAGUAUUUUUGUUUGCAACUUGCAAGGAUUAUGAAUACUGGACCCAAUUAAUGCAAAUUUGUGGAUUGCAUCUUCUCAGUAGCUGUUUGACUU